UUUUGUUAGCCAAGACGUUGCAUCAAUCGCAGGUGUAAGGUCUGUCCAAACUCUCCCACUCUCUAACGGAAAAUACUUUUCAUCUCUCUUUCCCUCUCCCUUAUAUAAUAAUCCAUUUAGCUAAUUCAAAGGAUCUCCAAGCUCUCUAGCUUCGCUCCUCCCUUAUCUAUUGAUCUCUCCUGCCGUACCUUAGUUAUAAUUGUCUCGGUUGUUAUUGCCUUGCCCCCGCACUGGGCGUCGUGGUCGUCGUCUUCUUCUUCUUCUUCUUUGCUCUCUACAAAUCUAGAUAGUAUUUGUCGAUCUAUUGGAUCACGAAGGGAGAACAUCAGGCAUCCAUGGUCGUUGUAGAAUUAGCUCUGGCUAUAGGUUGUUAGGCAGCUUUAAUUCCAAUUUAUUAAUUUGUUCUUUUUGUGUUAAUUUAUAUAUAUAAAAAAAAAAAAAAACACUUGAAGAUCAUAAACACAUAAUUAAGAUGUGCACUAGAGGCCAUUGGAGGCCAGCUGAAGACGAGAAGCUUAGGGAGUUGGUGGAACGAUAUGGACCUCAUAACUGGAACGCAAUAGCAGAAAAGCUCCAAGGAAGAUCAGGAAAAAGCUGUAGGUUGAGAUGGUUCAAUCAGUUGGAUCCAAGAAUCAAUAGGAACCCUUUUACAGAAGAGGAAGAAGAGCGUCUGCUAGCUUCUCACCGCAUCCAUGGAAAUAGAUGGGCUGUUAUUGCAAGGCUUUUCCCUGGACGUACAGAUAACGCAGUCAAGAACCAUUGGCAUGUCAUCAUGGCACGCAGGUGCAGAGAAAGAUCUAGGCUUAAUCACGCCAAAUUAAUAAGGAAUACUUCUAGUAUUACUGCUGCUACUACGGCUCAAACCUCGUUCAUGAGUAUCAAUACUAACAAUAAUGAACCAAAAUCCUCUUCAAAACAAGACCCUCCCCUGCAGAUCAAUUGCAAUAUUGGCACGUGGAACCUGGAUUCAUAUAAUUAUAUUGGGAAAUACUACUCAUGCAACGACAGAAAUUAUCAUCAGUAUCGGCCAGCUUUCACUCAUGACCCUCGUCCUCUCUUUCCAAAAGAGUUCUAUCCGAAUACCUGCAGUGUCACAAUGCACCAAGAUCAUAAUAAAGAUCAGCCAAUUGAGUUUUACGAUUUUCUUCAAGUAAAUACUGAGUCUAAUGGAAGUGAAGUGAUAGAUAACGUAAGAAAGGAUGAGGAGGAGGUGGAUCAGGAAGGUACGGGACAACAGAACAUAAGCAACGUAGCCGGUCUUUCUUUUAUCGAUUUCUUAUCUGUUAAUAAUGGAACUUCUUCAUAAUAUUGGUGUCUUGAUGAAGAUGAUCAAUGACAUCUCAGCAGUGUAAAACUAUCGGUAAUGACAUACAAACGGCACAACUUACCAGUUAGAUGCUUGUUACUGCAUCAAUCCACAGAAAAUCAUAUUUUAUGAGAUACUGAUCGAUGAUCCGUAUAUCAUAUUGCAGCUUGCUAGCUAGGCAUGUAUUGUAGAAAGGAGGAUGAUGUAAUGCAAGUGUUAAUGUAAAAUUAUAUUCUGAAGUAGAGAAGGUGCGCGCGUUUACCA